UAUCGGAUUAUAAUCGUACAGUGUAGAAAAAACUUAAUAAUUGAUGCACAAAUUCAUUCGAAAUAUUCAAAUUGAAGUUAGGAAGUUUAAGGUUUCCUUUCUGUUAAAAUGACACUUUUGUCAAAAGCAUCACAGAUUGAUUUGUUUAUAGUUGGACGUUUAAAAGAAUCGCGAGAGAUUUGAUUUUCGACCCGCAAUCAAUUGUCAAGAUAAAUCAAAAGUUACAGUGGGAAAUGUAGGAGGAUGCUCGAUGAUACGAUGAAAAUACAAAACCAGUUAUGAAAAUAUUAGACGGUACAGACAGUUCCAUUAUCGAGCGACCUGGUGACCUCUUGUCGAGGAAUUGAUUAUUUCAGGAGAGGUAGCACGAAUAAGUGGUAGUUAAGGAGACGUAGUCCGCGAUGGAGAGUCGCUCAGACAGUAUAAAGGAUCCGAUUUAUUAUCCAUCGAUGCAAGAGGUCGUAGAAGGAAACGAAACGGCAACGGAAACCGAAACGACCGACAAAAGAAGCAGAAGUUCCGCUGGUAGCCAAGAACUUGGUCUGGAAGAGAAUAAUGCAUUGAAAGUGCCGCGCAAAUUUAUCGCGAACUGGCGACAAGCUUGUGAUCGUACACGCGAUAGAACGAAAGAUUUGUUGAAGAGAUGGCGAACUGUUUCGACUAAUGUCGAUGAAAUCGUUAAUGAUCCUGUUUCGAAUAAACAAUUGGAACAUCCUAGUUGGAGCGUACACGUUUGGACAACAUGGGUGAGUCGAUAUCCGAGCGACGAAAAUCUGAUCGCUAUAGAAGAAGCCAGGAAGGGAGGAAAGUUAAAGGAUUUAGCGCCCAUUCAACGCGACAAGUUUUCACAUUUUUUCACUUAUCUGUUGGACCACGAUAGAGAUGGUUUCAUUAACCGAAAAGAUUUUCGAAUGCUUUCAGAGCGGCUGAGAAGAUUCGCAGAUUGGUCAUGGAACGGGCCCGAAUAUUUACGAUUAAUAGAGGCCGAACAAGGACUAGCGGACUUAAUCUUUCAAGAAAAAAAAAAGGAAGGUGACCGAGGAAUGAUCAGCCUGGAGGAAUGGUUAUGUUGGUGGGCGCGCGUUGUCGCACCAGCUGGAGGCGCAUCUUACAAUGAUAUUCCAUUUUGGUUAAAAAUUUUGCCACGAAUAUUUUUUCUUGCUAUCAAUAGCUCAGUGAAUGGAGUAAUUUCAAAGAAAGAGCUUGGCUCGUUUUACGGAUCAGUCGUUGGCCUAGACUCUGACAGGAUCUCCAAAUGUCUGGAUAUGGCAUAUAAUUCUGUGACGUCGAACGGAGACCAUCGUCUCGGUUGGCCACAGUACCAACUAGUAUUCGCCAACUUUUUAUUCGGUCGCGGUCCGUUCGGACCAGGAGAACAUUUUCUCGGUAUGACAGAUUCCUGCUUAAUUCGGGGCAAUAAUGUACCAUUUCCGAUCGAUUAUUCUGCGAUGAAUACACCAAAAGAUAAGUUGGAAGUAUACAGACCGCAUUGUAGAAGUGCUCGACGUAGCGUGGUAGUUUGAAAAACAGCCACGCAGGUAAAAUAGCCGGUAAUCACUAUAGAAGUGAUAACGAGUGCCAGAUACGAACAAGCGUCAGUGACAUGUUUCAAUAAGGGUCAGUUAGAAAACUACUUUAUGCAAAAAUAUAUUAAUAUAUUCAGAGCAUCUGAUAUUUUAUUCCCUAACAUACAGAUGAAUUAAUUCAUACAUGGUGUUGCCUACAUAUAUGGUCAGAAAGUAUUUGGCAAUCGUUUCAUUUGUUUCUUAAACUGUGUGCAAACAUUAAUUGAUACGUUAAUAAAAUAUGUUAAAUGGAA